AUGGCACGAAAUGCAAGACAGAAAGCCGCUUGUAACCUAAGACGAGGUUCCAGACCUGUCUUCCAGUUUACUAAGUUGCCUGCAGAAUUGCAACUACUUGUAAUCUGUAGGUGCGACUUGAUUUCGAUUGGGAGGCUUCUGAGCGUCAUUUGGUAUGUCAGAAGCCUUUGUAUCCAAUAUCCAGACAUUGUAAUCCAAGGUUCACUCUCAGAAAUCCCUCAGCCUGUCGCCGGCUUGCUACAUGUUGCGACGGCAUCACACAACAUCAGCGACGACGACUUUGAUAGUGAUAAACCGCUCGACCUAUUGGAGCAGGCCAACUUGGACCAAUGGCCAGCUAUUUGUUCGCGAUUUCUCCGCAGUGGAGAUAAUGUUCUGGACUAUAUGCGGGGUCUAGUGGACAUCUACGUCGAAGUAGACGUGGCCGCAGAUAUAGUCGCACAAGGUAUGAAUGCUGCAAUGCAGAUCUACAUAGACCCACAUGUGGCUGUCACGCCUGUCGUGCUGUCUGUGGCGGAGCAUACACGACUGGUAAGCGCUCUUCUGAUCGUCAAAAUCUACUACCAGCUCAGGUCCGAAUUCGUACCCAAUGGCCACACGUCAGUGAAGGACUUCGCAACUGCAUUCAUGCAGACUUUAGCGCCGUGGCAGAUGGCUCAAGGAAGCUCGGUUGAAGGUUUUCUAGAUUCGUGCCAGAAGUCUCCAGGCGGCCUCUACGACGAAAUCAUUGAUAAACGAUACACAUGUUGCGAAUGUCUUUUGCAAAAGUCAUCGUACUUGCGAAACUACAGCAGAGCUGCUGCCAUGGAUAUGGAUAGAGGUCAUGUCUUUGGCCGAGACACAAGCUUUCUUCGCUACUCUCAUGCAGUGGCAGAACAACACCGUCGCAUUGACAGGCGGGAAUCUUGGGCGGGCCAUGUGGGCUACGCACAGCAUCCGGCUAUACAACUUCGUAAUUACGGCUGGAUCAUGUAUAAAACGAUCAGUCCUAGUGAUAUGAUGCGACGGCAGCUCGUUUGGAGAGUCGGUAUGCUGUUCUGGGAUCAAAGCCGACUAGCGGGUUGGGGUAUGGUCGACGCCAGUGAUGUGGUAACCUUGGGCACACGGACAGCCUGGCGACUGGGAUACAUGCGUCGGUGGUAUCCAUACUCGCUACAGCGAGACCGCAUAUCAGAUACGACAAGUCAACAGAUUGUUGAAUGGACACGCAACCACGAACAGAUUAAUUUCGAAGAGUUCUUGGCAAGGCAAUUGGGACAAUGA